CGCGGCGCCGCGGGGCAUACUGGGAGCUGUAGUUCACCGCGGGGCAUGCUGGGAGUUGUAGUCCUGCGGGCAUGGCGGACACCGGCGAGAGGAAGGCCGCGCUGGAGAUGGUCCAGGCAGAUGGAACAGAUGGAAACUGUGUCACUUUUGUGCUGCAUGAUGAGGAUCACACGCUUGGCAACUCCCUCCGAUACAUGGUCAUGAAAAACCCUGAUGUGGAGUUUUGUGGCUACUGCAUCACACACCCGUCUGAAAGCAAGAUCAACUUCCGCAUUCAGACCAGAGGGUCCCUUCCUGCUGUUGAGCCAUUCCGCAAAGGGCUGAACGACCUGAUGGGUGUUUGCCAACACGUACUCGAUACCUUUGAGGUGAGACUGUUGCCUGAAGAGCUCAGGGGCCUUCUUGGUCAAGAGGGACUGAGAACUUUUGUCACAAAAAGCCUGGUAGCUUUUUCAGACAUUCUUUGCCUGACAUUGGUUUGACAGUGGUUUUCCAAGUCCUAAACCACUACUUCAGCCACUGGGGUUGGGAAGAGGAGAAGACAAGUCAGUCUUUGCAAAGCCCUGUGGGUCCUCCAGUGGAAGGCACUGGUUGGUACAGCAGAAAUUUUUGAUGUUCCAUGAGUAUUUCUGCCUGUAUUUUUGCUAUGGCUGGAGCAUUAAGGAGCAGAAAUUCCUGCAGGUAAUGGAGGAAGGAGUUCUCAAACUUCCUGUCUUUUAGCUUAAAUGGAAGCACCUCUGAACUUCUUGCUUCCACAUGAGAAGUGCCAGAACAUUCACUACAGCCUGAGCUGUAGGUUCCCUGUAGCCAAUCUGUGGACUGCCCAGUUCUGAGUGCUGUCUCUAGGAUGUACAUUUCAGCAGGAGAGUGGCCGAGAGCUGGAGCUGGGGGUGGAGAGCAGACCCAGGGUACUGGAGACUGAGCUGCUGAGCAUGUCGUCCCACAGCAUGCUUGGUUGGCUUCUCUCAGUAUUUCCUCAACGCGUCGACCAGGAUUAGGCCAGAGCUUGCACAGCGUCUUUAGGGCUUACCCCUGCAGCUGGACACAGCAGGCAUGGCCUCACUUCCUUUGUAUUGUGGUGACUAAAGGCUCAGUCUCUUCUGGAAGUUCUUGGAGCAUUUUGUGAUCCCUCAACUGUUCCAGGAUUUGGAUGGAGAAGUCACAGCGCAAACUGAUGUGGUGAUGCUGGUGUGUGAAUCGCUCAGAUGUAUUGCUGUUAACAUUUGUCCUUUGCUCUUG